CGUGAAUCAUAGUAUUAUUAAUCACGUGAUUGUCAAUAUAUAUUUUCCUUUCCUUGUAUGAGUUCAGUAUGUGGUAACAUUGAACCACACAAAGUAGUAGCUAUGCUUGUAAUCAAUGACUUGAUUUUUUUUUCUAAUCUUUAAAAUAUGAUCAUAGUGGUAAUGUUUAAAAAAUGAUGGAUACUCCAACGCAUAUAAAUGUAUCAAUAAACGACAGCAUCGAUGACAGUGUUGAUAAUUGUGCAAAUGAUUGUGAAAAUGAUAGAGAAAAAUUAUUAAAACCAAGAAAUAAUUUUGCAUCAUACUCGAAUGAAGAUGUUAAUAUUAGAUUUCGAAAAGAUGGUAAUGUGUCAUCACAAAGUAUUGUGGACACAGUUUCUAAUAAUCUAAGAAGACUUAAUACCGAAGAAAUACUUCCUGGUGCUACCAAUUUUUUAUCAAGUAAUUAUGAGAGUUUGGAUUAUGAUCCCUGUGAGAAUCAUCUUCUUCAAGAUGAAGAAAGAAAAAAAGGUUACAAGUUUGUAGUUAAAAAGAAUUUUGCUAGAUGGUUUAUUUUUUUAUUAAUAGGUAUUUGUACAGCGCUUAUAGCUAGUUUUGUAAAUAUUUCUAUAGAAGAAUUAACAAAGCUAAAGUAUGGUCGUUUGAAAUUUUAUAUGGAUCAAUGUGUAGCAAGAAAUUGUUUAUGGUUACCAUAUUUAUUAUGGUUAGCUUUAAAUUUUGCACCUGUUUUAAUAGGUGCAAUUUUAGUAUCUUAUGUGGAACCUGUUGCAGCAGGUAGUGGUAUUCCUCAAGUGAAAUGUUAUUUAAAUGGAAUUAAAAUACCUCGAGUUGUGCGUAUUAAAACAUUAGCAGUAAAAACUAUAGGAGUAAUUUGUACAGUAGUUGGAGGUUUAGCUGGUGGAAAAGAAGGACCUAUGAUACAUUCUGGAGCUGUGAUAGCAGCAGGAAUAUCACAAGGAAAAAGUACUACAUUUAACAAAGAUUUAAAGAUAUUUAAAUAUUUCAGAGAAGAUCAUGAAAAACGAGAUUUUGUAUCUGGAGGUGCAGCCUCUGGUGUAUCUGCAGCAUUUGGUGCACCAAUUGGAGGAGUACUAUUUAGUAUCGAAGAAGGAACUAGUUUUUUUAAUCAAAGUCUGACUUGGAGAACAUUUUUUGCUAGUAUGAUCACAACAUUUACGUUAAACAUUAUUCUUAGCACAUAUCAUAGACGACCUGGUGACCUUUCUUAUCCAGGCUUACUAAAUCUUGGAAAAUUUGAGACAAUACCCUAUCAGAUUUAUGAAAUUCCUCUGUUCAUGCUAAUGGGAACAAUUGGUGGACUUUUGGGUGCUUGUUGGAAUCAUUUAAAUUAUAAAAUUACCUGUUUCCGUUUAAAAUACAUAAAAAAAAAAUGGUUGAAAGUAAUAGAAGCUCUCAUAGUUGCUGCAUUAAGUGCAACAAUAGGAUUUAUCAUGAUCUAUUGUCUGAAAGAUUGUAAACCAUUAGGACAGGAUCCUACCAAAUUUCCCAUUCAAAUGUAUUGCAAUGAUGGAGAAUAUAGUGCUGUAGCAGCUUUGUGGUUUCAAACACCAGAAAGUAGUGUACGAUCUUUAUUUCAUGAUCCUAAAGGCUCUCACAAUGAUAUCACUUUAGCUAUUUUUGUUGUUCUCUAUUUUCUUCUGGCUGUUGCUACUUUUGGUCUGUCCAUGUCUAGUGGUUUGUUUAUUCCAUCCCUAUUAAUUGGCGCUGCUUGGGGUAGAUUAAUUGGAUCAGGACUUUCAAGACUUUUUCCAAAUUGCGUUGUUUUAAAUCCUGGAAAAUAUGCUUUAUUAGGUGCAGCUGCUCAAUUAGGAGGAGUAGUUAGAAUGACGAUAAGUUUAACCGCGAUAUUAAUAGAAGCUACUCAAGGAAUAUCUUUUGGCUUGCCACUUAUAAUAGUUCUUAUAAUGGCUAAAUGGGUUGGGGACUUUUUCAAUGAGGGAAUUUAUGAUAUUCAUACACAAAUGGCUGGAAUUCCUAUAUUACCAUGGGAAGCCCCGCCAUUAUCAAAUAAUAUUUAUGCUAGUGAAAUAAUGAGUCAUCCAAUAGUAACACUAAAAACAGUAGAAAAUGUAGGACAUAUAAUAGAACUUCUGAAAUGUGUAACAUUUAAUGGAUUUCCCGUGGUUGAUCCUCCUAGUAGUGAUGAAAUUGAAAUACAUUCAUAUGGACGAUUUCGAGGACUAAUUUUACGCUCUCAAUUAAUAGUGUUAUUGCAAAACAAAAUUUUUAAUAAAAACCUAGAUUAUUGGGACAGAUCAUUAAGUAUUAAAAUAUUCAGAAAAGAAUAUCCUAGAUAUCCAACAAUCGAUCAAGUAACUGUAACUGAAGAAGAGAAAACUUAUACGAUAGAUUUAAGGCCUUUCAUGAAUCCUUCUCCUUAUACAGUACAGCAUUCUGCAACACUGCCACGAACAUUUAGACUUUUUAGAGCUCUAGGUCUUCGACAUUUACCAGUAAUCAAUGAUACAAAUGAGGUAAUUGGGAUUAUUACAAGAAAGGAUGUUGCCAGAUUUAGGAUAUGGAAACAUAGAGGAAAUAUGGGAUUAGAUGAACUUUUAAUUACUGAUAAAAUUUAAUUUUAAUUUUUUUAGAUACAAAAUUUAAUUUAUGAAAAGAAAGCUUAUAAUGUAUAAUUAUAUGUAUAAAUAUUGUUUUCUUAUAUAUAUAAGAAAAAAGAUUUUUAUAUUCUUCAGCAAAGAAGAGGAAGACAAAAAAAAAACAAAAUCAAUUAUAUUAAUUAUUCACAAACAAUUGCCAGCCUAACCAUGACCAUAAUUUAAAAAAUAAGAAUACUGGCAGAAUUACUAGCAAUAAAAGAAAAUAAUAUUCA